AGUCUUUUAUUCUCUUGAAACACCCGAAGCAUUAUGAAGUCAUGUUUAAACAUAUUUUAAUUAGCUUUUCUCUGGCAUUGUAAAAGCCUAUCUUUUAAUCGUCCUCAUUAAAAAUAAUUUUCUACACCUUCCUUGAAGUUUUGAGAUACCACGGAAAGUGUUGUUGUCCUUCCUCACUACAUAUGGUUGACCUACAGUGAUACAUUAUCUGCUAAUCCUAUUCAUGGCAUUUCCAGCCUCUUAGGGAAAAAAAAAAAUCCGCUUUGGCCGCCAUUUUUAUUUUGGUUCCCAUAAAGCUUUGAUAUCAUCGACAGAAGCCAUUUUUCGUUUGGGCAGAUCCUUCUGCCUAUCCUAUUACUUUAUCUUGGGCUUCGCCCCCAUCGUAGGUCCUGGCACUGGCUUCCAACCCUGUGAAGUCGGUUAUGCCAUCUUGUGUUUGGGUGCUGGUUGCGUUUGCUAACGCGCGAGGGAACUCUGGGAAACGGGAAGUAAGCCAAAGCUUUUGAAGCUUGGUCUACCGCCCUUUUAGUCUGUGUUUUCACAUCCAGGUACUAGUCCAUCAGUGACCCUGGACAGUAACAAAGCAUAUAAAGCCCGAACCCACCUCCCGCCACCAUCAUAGGUUCUGUACCUCAUGUGGAAAUCAGUAAACCAUGGCAUCUAAGAAAUUCACCAUUAAAUGUGGGAACUUUGCAGUCCUGGUGGAUCUUCAUGUAUUGCCACAAGGUUCAAACAAAGACUCCAGUUGGUUUUCUGAACAGAAGAAAGAGGAAGUUUGUUUGCUGUUAAAAGAAACCAUUGAUUCCAGAGUUAAGGAGUACGUGGGCAUUUAUAAACAGCACAGACCAUCAAAUGCAGAAUUCACAAGAUUCAGUCCCUUGUCCUUAAAAGGAUAUGGCUUUCAGAUCACAGCUUAUUUCCUCAAGAGAGGGAUACGCCUUCGCUGUAUCCAGAGCUCCCGGAAUGCUGAAGUUCAUAUAUUUCCUGAGAGAUUCGUGGUAUGUGUUAGUCAGCUUGCAUUUGGUCAUGAUACUUGGGCAAACCAGAAUGAAAAAUCGACAAUAAAAGCCCUCCAUGGAGUGUCUGAUUAUUUUGCUGAGUGCGCGGGGAUUUCACCUUCUCCUGGUACAAAGCUCAAGAGGAAUGCUCUGAAGGAAAUUGUGAGAAGAACUGAAUCAAAAGGCACUGAUGUGAGCAAACCACAGCCCAGCGGGGACCUCGUGGGAAGAUCUGGUGACUCAGUAAUUACGGAGGUACCACGGAGGAGGAAUGCCUCAGCCAUUCUCCUGUCAGAAUCUGUGGGUCAAGCACAAGAUGACAUAAGAGCAGCCAAGAGCCACCAGGAGCUUCCUGUUCAAAAGCUGGAAAAUGUUUCUCAGACUCAGCCAGGAGACACUCGCAGCCUGCAGCAACUUCAUCCUGGGGAGUGGUUAAAGACGGGGCUUCUAAGCAGGGGCACUGUGUAUAACUAUGAGUCAGCAUCAUCAGGUCCAAAGCAAAGUCCAAGAGCAGCCAAGACACAGCAGAAGCGCAGGAAUUGUGGCUCUGUGGAAGACUCUGACCCCCACAGGAGAGUUUCUCUUGGAAGUGAAGGAUUAGUCCCAGAGGAUGCAGCAGUAGAAAGGAGCACAGCUGUCAGGGUUUUGCCAACCUUAGAGUUGUCAGAUCCUGGGUUGCUUUUGAAACAAGAUUUGGCAAAAGACACAGCUAGGGAAGAGCUACAGGCUUUGGAAAAUCUCUCCUCCAGACAUCUUAUGACAAACAACCCAGGGCAGGCACAGCAAACCGGCUCAGCUGCAAUUACUGAAAGAUUAGCUCCAGCUCAGGGCGGCCCCAGCAAGAAAAGAAAGAAAUUGCAAAGUUACAGCAGAGGAUGUAGUGGCAAGAAAAACUAAGUUAAGUGUACAGUAUCUGGGGUACCGGAAAGAAUUGGGGAGUUACUUUAAAUAAACAAAUAUUUGGGAGCUGGGGUUAUGUCUCAGCUUUUAAGAGCACUUAGUGUUCUUGCAGAGGACCCAGGUCAGGUUCCAAGCACCCACAACCUUGGUGAACUCCAGAAGACCCCACACCCUCUUUGACUUCCAUGGGCACAAGGCAUGUACAUAUAUACCAGGUAAAACACACAUACAUGUAAAUUGUUUUGUAAAAUUGUUUGUGUUGGAACUGGCCUUUACAGUCACCUCCUGGAGGCUGUUUUCCUAACAGACUUGUUACUUUCUCAUCAUAUUUAUAACUGUCUCCAGAAAAUACUAUAUUGACAAAGAACCAUCCACUGGUCAAGGAAUAAACUAUGUAUCUAGGACCCUAAGGAGAAAUCAGUAAUGGUGGCCUUCUUACCCCAUCACUAUGAAGACCUCCUGAUGGGAAAGAGAGAGAGAGAGAGAGAGAGACAGUACCAGGUACUGAGGGCCAAUUCUUGGGCUGCAGUCCUCUUACUCCUCAAACUGAGAAGUAAAAAUAAAUCAGCAGUCUUAGCAUGUGGUUCUGUGAGGAAUGCAGGUAUUGGGAUCUCAGACCUAUGGAAUAAGGAACUAUGAUUCUGAAAUAGGCUAAAGUUGAAAACAGUUCCCUAGAACUUUACAGCCUAGUUACCAUGGCUUACAUCUGCUGGGGCCACAUGUGGAAAUGUACACCCUUGUGCUUCCUUCAGACCUGUAAAGUAUUUAGAUUGGAUUUGGUGUGUGAGUCACUUUGUUCCCAGGUUCUACUACAGGACAGACACAAUGCCUGGGGAGCUGUUACAUCUGAAGUCCCCAGAAAUGUACAACUAAUUCAUCUCAGUCUUAGGUAGAGACAUGGAAGAGGUGUGUCCUAUGUAGCACAAGUUUGACUCUGUCCUUGUCACACCUCCCUUAUUCUGGUUACAGUUAAGACAGACCAUAAUCCAAAGGGAGUGCAGUGCCAUUCCAGGUCCCAAUUUGGAAAAUUUCCCAGGGUGUUUAAAUGUUCUGUUCAGUUGUGUAGCCAGCUCUCAAGAAAGACAGGAAGCCAAAGUUGUCAACCUGGACGUUUCAUCUGGUCACCCCAACCUCAAAGGACCAGAAACUACUUGCUGGUAUUCCUUUCCUUUCCCACUUAGCCUUUUAUGUUUUCUUGAGAGCUGAUCCAAGAUGUUGAGUCCUCGAUGGAAGUGUGAAUAGUCACCAUUGUACACCAAGAAGCAUCUCACUCAGCACUCAGAGGGUGCUUCCCUCUCCAGAGCUAAGAUAUUCUGACCUGGAGUAGAAGGGGUUUUAAUUGUUUAAUGGUUAAGGUCAUAUUCUGUACUUAAUUGUACUUAUACGAAAGAUGUGCUUUCAAGAAAUGUUUUGUUUUUCAAAUAUGUUCUAUUAUAAUAAUAUAAUAUAAAUUCCUAUAAAGGAAACUGAUUAUUGUGACCAAUGAUUUAAAAAAAAAUAGUAUGUUCAGGUUGUAGAUAGAUGUGGCCUUUGUUGCAACCUUCAUGGACAAUGGAUUUUAACAGGAUUAAUGGGGCUCUGGGCUCCCACACUCUGCCAUAUGUUUAAGGAAUUUUGCCCACAAUCAUUUUCUUUCAGCAUGUUUGAAACACCUUUCCAACUCUUGUUUAUUGAAUUGUUUUACAACUCUUUGAAUAUAUGGAUAAAGGGAGAAAAUUAAUUCCAAGUGUUUUGUUGCUUAUUAGGUGGAACAUUAAGUAUUAUCUACUGUUGGAAUGGUAUGAGUUUUUAUAUUCUUAAUUACUGUUAACAAUUUGGCAUUUGAAAGUCUGAGACACGGUCAGGAUUGAUAGUCAAAAUCAAGUUCUUCAACCCUUUCAUCCUUCAAAUUAAAUUUAUAUUCAGGUCCCUAUGAUUCUGAUACUUAGAGGAAAUGUUCAAUUCCGUUGAUAACUAAACUCAAGACUUUUCUAAUUAUCUGAGAUGGUAAGCCAUGUACUAUCAAACGACACAUUAUAAUAGAUGAAAGCUGGUUAGUAUUUUUUGUAUUUUUAGUAUUUGUGUUGUUAGUAACUUUUUGUAUUUUCUUUCUUUCUUCCUCCUCCCCCAAUUUAAAGACAUGGAAAAGCUGGCCUGGUGGCAUAUGCCUUUCCUGGCACGUAAGAGGCAGAGGCACCUGAGUUGGUAGCCAGAUCCCUGAAUUGGAGGCCAGACUGGUUUACCCAAUAAGUUAGUAGACAGCCAAAACUACAUAGUGAGACCUUGCCUUAAAACAAACAAAACAGUACGGAAAUAAUCUGUGAUUUUUCUUGCAUGAUUGCUUUUCUUUGCCACUGGGGGUUAGCUCACCGAGACAUGCAUAUGACUUAUGAAGUGUAAAGAGGCACCUGGCGCUGGAAUAGCUACGGAGUGUUGUUGUUCCUUUAUUUCAUGCUGAAGAAGUAUGGACAUGUAUUUAAUUUUUUAAAAAACAAAGACUCAUGGGCCAUUGGUAGAGGGAGUGUUGUGCAUGUGCAGUGACCCAUAAGACACCAAUAAGAAAGAAAAAGCCACAAAAAGUCACUAUAUUUUGAUGUUUGAAGAAUCUAGUUUAUCUCUGGGUGGACCUUCUCAAAGUGUGUCUUGGCAGAGAUGAUGGGGUCUCAAUAUAAUUGUUUUAUGUUUGA